AAGACAGUGGGGGUGAUAGAUUCUGCCUCUAACUUUCUGUGCAGUGAGCAACACAAGAACAGCAGCAGCAACCAUGAAGUUUCAUGCUUUUGCUUUCAUGCUGCUCUUCCUCUGCACGUACCUGAGUCUGGCACAAGGCUCGUAUGCCAACUGCUGCCUCGGCUACGUUAAUGAGAUAAAAAAGAAGAAAUACAUUGUCAGUUACACUAUGCAGGAAACAGAUGGGGACUGCAACAUCAGAGCUGUUUUGUUUAAGUUGAAGAAGAGGGAACAACCUGUGUGUGCCAAUCCAAAUGAUCACUGGGUCCAGAAGGAGAUGAGGAGGCUGGAUUUAUUACAACGCUAAGCGAGAAAAGGAAGAUCAGAGAGGACAGCGGAUGCUUCAACGAACUGUCAGACAUCAGAUAUAUUCUUUAGCCAUGCGCACAGUUCACCAGUACAGAAAAAUACUGUAUCCUAAUCCUUUUAAAGGCUGAACCAUAAAUAACCGUCAGAAAAUUCUAAUUAUUUUUUGACACCCAUGUAUAUCUCAGAUAAGAUACAUCUGGCAUUAAGACGUUAAUGUUAGAACCGUUGUGGGAAAAAUGAAUGUAUAUAAAACAUAUAUGAUACUGUACUAUUCAGCUUUGAAUCGUGAAUGAGUACAAAGUGCAUCUCUGAGAGAAACAUACACUUUGUGUCAUUAUAUACACAACAGAAUUGCUCAUUUUUGUAUCAGCACUAUAAUUGUACUUUGUGUUUUUCUAUUGCCAAUAAAAAGCAAAUCCAUACAAAA